UUCGGAAACAUUGUUGGAGCUCAAGACCUGCGCAUAAAGGCCUUAAAAGCCGCGCCCCAACUUGAGGCCGCGAGACCAGAUUAGUACUGUCAUUGGAUUUGCCAUGUGAACAUUGCCUGGACAAGCAAGAAUAGAAACCUCGAAUACUACCAGACUACAUCAGCACUGGACAUCAACCGGAAAGUAUACCGCUUCCGACGAUUCAGUUUCUCACUCUGAAUUAGAGACGUCAUGGCCUCCCUCUUGCAGUCCCAUUUGGAGCAAAUCUCCCUAUGUGCGACCUCAAUAUCAGAACUCCCUUUCCCGGGACCAAACAUCUUUACGAAUGCUUUGCUCUCACAACACGAUAUCACGAGUCUUAUUCGCGAUACAGAAGCCCACGAGCGUGCACUCUUCCAUCUAGCACCGCCUCCUCUUUCUGGAAACCCUGGCGCCACCGAUUUCGCUAGCGGCCCAACCCAUGAUGCAAUUGCUGCCUCAACCAAGACACCUGCCAAGAGGAGAGCGACAGUCUAUGCAUCUAGACAGCCCAAGUCAAAAGCAGUCGCUGCAGUCCUUGGUGGCGACUUGUACAACCGGACCCGGCAGGAGAGCACGAAUGCCAGAAUCAAAGGAGAAAUGGAUGUCGAAGUGUUGCUUGAGGGGGCAGAGAGACUGCUAGCUGUGUAUUCUAUUCCUGGAACGGCAGAUCGUAUUGCACAGCUGAGGCGACGGUAUGGACAAUUGACGGCAAACAUACGGCAUUAUGAGGCGAAGGUGUUGCAGCAAGCAGAGGAGUUGGCAAAGACAAGCAGAAGCUACUCACAAGAUGCGGACGACGAUCCGAUGGCCGAUAUUGACGAGGACGCUGCUUCGAACAUCACGCCUGUGACGAAGGAGGAACUAGAAGCGGAGGAGGCGGAAAUUCGAGAGCUGGAGCGCAAGAAGAGAGCUCUUGAGGAGAGAGUGACUGGUAUGGAGAGAGAUCUGGGUGGUCUGAUGCGAUGAUCGUCCCCCCUUAAUGUUUCGAUUCCCACAGGACGGCCUAUGGAGCAGCCCAGCACCUGCAAGCGGGUCUUGUGGUUUUGUGAAGGAUUCCAAUCUGCAUGAACCCAUUUUGAGUGACCACGACUGAAGCUUUGUGCGCCGUGGAUGAUGCACAGGUGUUAGUUUUGCCUCCUUUGUGGCAAUCAAUCAGAAUUCUGGAGACACUG